AUGUCGAGAGUUAUAGUGAAGGGGCUUCCCAAGUACUUGACUGAUGACCAACUCAAGGACCAUUUCAGCAAAAGACUGGCGCACCUUCAUAAGGGCGCAGAUGUGACGGAAGCCAUCACAGAUGUCAAGAUUCUUAAAAAUAGAGCUGGUGAAUCGAGAAGGUUUGCCUUCGUUGGUUUCAGAUCGGAGGAGGACGCUUUCGAUGCUGUCAACUACUUCGAUCAAUCUUUCAUUCACACCUGCAAGAUCGAGGUCACUAUGGCCAAGAGUUUCGCGGACCCUCGUGUUCCCCAGCCUAUGCGCGAGAAGAGGCGCGAGGCAUUGAAAAGACUUCGAGAGAGAGAAGAUCAGCUUCUCGAGGAGAAGACCGCUAAAAAGCUCCAAAAGCAGAAGCGUGACUCUUCCAAGCCAGGCAUAGACGCAGAAAUUAAAAGCAACAAACAGCUGCAGGAAUUUAUCGACACGAUGAAGCCCAGCUCGCAGGUGGCAUCUUGGGACAAUCUCGGUGGCGCUGUAAAAUCCGCACCCUCGAACCAGCUCGCAGUCCAGGCCGAUGCUCCGCAAGGCAACUCGCUGCUAGCACAGGCACUGGCCAUGAAGUCUGAAGACAAAGAGCCUCAAGGAUUUAGAGCACAAGAAAACGAGAGUGACGACGAAUACACAACACUUGAUGGGCAAAAAGGGCAGGGGGACGACGGUGGCACAGAGGAAGAGCAAAUGGUUAAGCUUGACAACUUUAACGAGCCAGCUGGAGAGAACAUUGCACAAGACCAGGAAGUCUCAGAUUUUGACUGGCUAAAGCAGCGCCGCACAAGAAUAAAGGAACAGCAAGAAAACUCCGUCGGCGCUGGUACCGCGCCAGAGAAGCCAACCGAAACCACGCAAGUAGAUGAGCCAACGGAAACGCCGCCUGCUGAGGAUAAAGAACCAGAACAAUCCCCGGCGGAGCCUCCCAUGGACACCUCAGAGGAAGAAAAAUUCAUCCAAAAAAUUAGAACAACUGGUAGACUUUUCCUGAGAAACAUAUUGUAUACUGCCACUGAAGAAGACUUCAAAGGUCUGCUUGCUCCAUUUGGAGAGCUCGAAGAAGUUCAUGUUGCACUUGACACUAGGACUGGUAAAUCUAAAGGGUUUGCUUACGUUAUGUUUCGCAACCCGGAGGAUGCUGUUAACGCGUAUGUCGAACUUGACAAACAUAUUUUCCAGGGUCGAUUACUUCAUAUACUACCGGCAGACGCAAAGAAGUCGCAUCGGCUCGAUGAAUUCGAUCUCAAAAAUCUGCCGCUGAAGAAGCAGCGUGCCCUGAAGAGAAAGGCCAAUGCAGCGCACGAAACGUUCUCAUGGAACUCCCUUUACAUGAACCAGAACGCCGUACUGGGAAGUGUUGCAGCGAAGUUGGGUGUUCAAAAGUCUGACCUGAUUGACGCAACGGAUGCUAGCGCUGCAGUAAAGCAAGCCUUGGCUGAAGCUCACGUCAUUGGAGAUGUCAGGAAGUACUUUGAGUCCAAAGGAAUGGACUUAGCUAAAUUCGCCGAAAUGAAAUCCCCGAACGACCGUGAUGAUACUGUUCUUCUAGUGAAAAACUUUCCUUUCGGAACCACUCAUUCCGAACUUGCUGAACUGUUUUUGCCUUUCGGUAAGCUACUAAGGCUCCUGUUGCCACCAGCGCAGACGAUUGCAGUCGUUCAGUAUCGCGAUGCUACCUCAGCUAGGGCUGCGUUCACCAAACUCUCCUACAAAAGGUUUAAGGACGGUAUUCUUUAUCUUGAGAAAGGCCCUAAGGGAUGCUUCAAAAGAGACCCUGAAGGCGACGAAAUUGUUGACCUUCACGAAGAACCUCAGUCUGCCACUGCCCGGGAAGCGAGGGCAACCGGAGAUGAGAUCAUGGAAGUUGAUAAAGAUGAUAAGCAGGAUGAAGAUGGAACAGAUGAUGUACUGGAUGGACCUACUGUAUCCAUAUUUGUUAAGAAUUUGAACUUUUCUACGACCACCAAGGAGCUCACAGAAAAGUUCAAGCCAUUCAGUGGCUUUGUGGUUGCCCAGGUCAAGACCAAACCCGAUCCCAAAAACGCCAACAAAACACUCUCUAUGGGUUUUGGAUUUGCUGAGUUCAAAACCAAAGAACAAGCGGUGGCUGUUAUUGACGCAUUAGAUGGAGCAGUUUUGGACGGACACAGGAUUCAACUAAAACUCUCCCACCGCCAAGGCUCUGCAGCCCCUACUUCUGGCCAGUCCAAGAAGAAAUCCAGCGGUAAAAUCGUCGUUAAGAAUUUGCCAUUUGAGGCUGAACGCAAGCAAGUUUUCGAAUUGUUCAGUUCAUUCGGACAGCUCAAGUCAGUUAGAGUGCCUAAAAAAUUCGACAAGUCUACUAGAGGUUUUGCUUUCGUUGAGUUUCUACUACCAAAAGAGGCUGAAAAUGCUAUGGAACAACUUCAAGGUGUGCAUUUGUUGGGUCGGAGACUUGUAAUGCAGCAUGCUGAACAAGAACCCCAAGAUGCAGAGGAGCAAAUUGCAAGGAUGACUAAGAAGGUGAGGUCUCAAGUAGCAACUCAGGAACUUGCUGCUCUGCGGAACGGAGGCCGUAGAAAGGUGGAUCUCGAGGACGAAUUAGAUGAAAACGAUGGUUUGAAUGGUUUUUAA